CAGAGUCUCAAUUCAGGUAAUAGACUGAACCUCACAUUGGCUUAAGUGAUAAGAAUAGUAAAGUGAGAUUGUUUUAUUUUUUUCUGGUGUGUUUUUUUUUCUUCAACAACAACAACAACAACAGGAUAACAACCACAACACCAACACCAACACCAACGACAAUUUAAAUAAUUGAUAAGAUCAGCGUCACCUUUACCACCAUUCAUCAUCUUCAUCAUCAUCCUAAUCAUCCCUCUCAUCAAAUAACAAAGCAACAACCAUUUGUGAAUAAUGUCAAUUCAUCCAUUCAACGAGACUCUUCAUAUUUCGGAAACUGAUGAGCCCAGAAGAAAUGACAUUUCAGAGAUUUUAACACAAAUAAUCAACAUCAGUGACCAAAGUUUGGAUGAGGCUCAAGCCAGAAAACAUACAUUAAAUUGUCAUAGAAUGAAAUCAGCACUUUUUGGUGUUCUUUGUGAAAUCAAGGAGAAAACAGCAGUUUUGAGCUUAAGAAAUACCCAAGAAGAGGAACCACCCGAUCCAGCGCUCAUGAGGUUAGACAAUAUGCUAAUAGCUGAAGGAGUAGCGGGUCCAGAAAAGGGCGGUGGUCAAGCUGCAGCAGCAAAUGCUUCAGCAGCCUCAGCAACCGGACAAUCAGGAGGGGAAACUGCGAUUGAACAUUCUGAUUAUAGAGCUAAGCUUGCACAAAUAAGAUCAAUAUACCACCAAGAGUUGGAAAAAUAUGAGCAGGCUUGCAACGAAUUCACAACCCAUGUGAUGAACCUUUUACGUGAACAAUCUCGGACAAGGCCGAUAGCAGGGAAAGAAAUUGAAAGAAUGGUACAGAUAAUCCAUAAAAAGUUUAAUUCAAUACAAAUUCAGCUCAAGCAAAGUACCUGUGAGGCUGUUAUGAUCCUACGGUCAAGGUUUCUCGAUGCCAGACGGAAGCGACGUAAUUUCAGUAAACAAGCAACCGAAGUUUUAAAUGAAUAUUUCUAUUCACAUUUGUCGAAUCCUUAUCCAAGUGAAGAGGCCAAGGAAGAGUUAGCACGUAAAUGUGGUAUCACGGUGUCACAGGUAUCGAAUUGGUUUGGUAAUAAAAGGAUAAGAUAUAAGAAAAAUAUUGGUAAAGCUCAAGAGGAAGCCAAUUUGUACGCUGCCAAGAAAGCGGCUGGUUCACCUCCUUACCCCGGGAACAUGAUGAGUCCACCUCCACCACCCGGAAGUGCUUCUAGCCAAGAGGGUUGGUUGAUCAAUGGAUGUGAAUAUAGCCAAGGACAUUACCAAUAGGUCUUCUAGCUCUCUUUCUUUCUCUCUCUCUCUUUUGUCAUCAUCACCCACUUCUAUCUUCUUCCCUCUCUCUCUCUCUCUCUCUAUCUUUUUUCUUAUUCUGUAUGUCAUAUGUGUGUGUCUCUCACUCUCUUCUUCCUCUCAUCUUCAUCUUCCCUUGGACAACAGCAUAAAACAAAAACGAAAUUGUAAUGAAAAAAAUACACUAUGAAAAAAGUCUCUCUCUCUCUCCCUGUUUCUUUCUUUUUGUCAUAAUCUCUCUUUUUGUUCGAGAGAGUAUUUCAAUCAAUUUACAGAUUCAAUUCUCUCUCUCUCUCUUUAUCAUCCCUUUUCCUCUUCCUCUCUCGCGCUAUCUUUCUCAUUGGACAAUGUAGAUUAAUCACUUUAAAUAAUAUUUAAUUCCAAUAAAAUUCCAAUGCUAUUUAAAAA